AUGUUGACAGUAACCACAAUUGAUCGAGGAUCCAUUAAUAACAUGCUAGCCUCUAUUAAACGUUCCGCUGCAACUCAAUCGCGUCUAUUUUCCUCUACAGCUGCAAAGCUUGGUACCAAGGUCUUUUUCGACACCUCAAUUGACGGUGCCAAGCAAAAGCGAAUUGAGUUUGAACUAUAUGACGAAGUAGUUCCAAAGACAACCGAAAACUUCAGAGCCCUUUGUACUGGUGAGAAAGGCUUCGGAUAUCGUGGUGUGCCCUUCCACAGAGUCAUUCCCAACUUUAUGUUGCAAGGUGGUGACACCGACUUGACUAACGGAUACGGUGGGAAAUCCAUCUACGGGAGCAAAUUUCAAGACGAAAAUUUUGUGAAGAAACACGACAAAGCCGGUCUUCUAUCGAUGGCCAAUGCGGGGCCAAACACCAACGGCUCUCAGUUCUUUAUCACCACGGUUCCAUGCCCUUGGCUAGACGGCAACCACGUCGUAUUCGGUGAGGUGACUGACGGUAUGGACGUUGUCAAGACCAUUGAGUCCUACGGAACCAUGUCGGGCAAGCCACGCGCUAGGAUCGUCAUCGAAGAAGCUGGUCAGGUUUGA